ACAGACCAGAGAAGUUUCCAUGGACCAGACACAGAACUUGUUGCUUUGAAAGAACAUCUGGCAUUAAUAGAGUAAUUUAGUGCAGUAGAAGUGUGUUCUGCAUGCAGAUUGUUUCCAGUUUGGACCAGAAAGAUGAAUAAGGUGGUUUUGGUGACCGGAGCAAACAGUGGCAUUGGCCUGGCGCUGUGUGAGCGUCUCCUCUCACAGGACACAGAGGGUCUCCAGCUGUGUCUGGCCUGCAGGAACAUGCGGCGGGCUCAGGCGGCUCGCUCUGCCCUCCUCGCCUCUCACCCCACAGCCCAGGUGGCCCUCCUGCAGAUGGACACCAGCAGCAUCUCCUCAGUUUUUGCUGCUGCACAGGAGGUCAAACUCAGGUAUAACCGGCUGGACUACCUCUACCUGAAUGCAGGCAUUAUGCCAAACCCACAGUUUGAUGUAAAAGCAUUUUUCAAAGGCCUCUUCUCCAGCCAUAUCAUCACCAUGUUUGCCACCGGUGAGGGGAUUCUAACACAGAAGGACUGCGUCACUGCUGAUGGCCUGCAAGAAGUUUUCACGACCAACCUCUUUGGUCACUUCCUGCUAAUCAGGGAGCUGGAACCAGUUCUGUGCCAUGCAGGCCGAACGUCCCAGCUGAUCUGGACCUCCUCCAGUAACGCUCACCGCUCGGCUUUUAACUUGGAAGACAUACAGCACCAGAGAGGCACCCAACCUUACAGCUCCUCCAAAUAUGCUUCUGACCUGCUCAGCCUGGCACUCAACACACGCUACAACAAACAGGGUUUGUACUCAUCCGUCAUUUGUCCUGGUUUUGUGAUGACCAAUCUGACCUACGGUAUCCUGCCCUCCUUCCCAGCCUUCCUCUGGACCCUACUUAUGCCUGUCUUUUGGCUUAUAAGAGUGUUCACCAAUACUUUCACCCUGAUCCCUUACAAUGGAGCUGAAGCCCUGUUCUGGCUAUUUAAUCAAAAACCUGAAUCACUGGACCCUCAAGCCAAGUACCACAGCUUAACAUCUGGGCGUGGCAAAAACUACACACAACCACGUAAGAUGGACGUUGAUUUGGAAACAUCAGAGGCUUUGUAUGAGAAAUUACUGCAACUGGAAAGUGAAGUGAGAAAGAAACUGAAGGAAAAACAAAAAGAAUCCCAACAAGUUCACAGUCUUCCUGCAGGACCUGGAUCAUCUUGAUGGGUAUCACACAGUUCUGGGAUGGAGAGUAUUUUUUCCUGUCUCACAGGUCACCAGGGAGCAGCAUGCACACGGGCUGUCAGACCUCACAAAAAUAACACUUCUCUGCCUGCUACUGGAACUUGCAAGCCUGAAUUCACAGCACAAAGAAAAACAACAAGUGACAGUGACUCUAUGAUAUUAUUAUAAGUUUGAUUUCCUGUUUCCAUCUUUAUUGUCUGUAUCAGGCAUGAAGUGAAACAACCAGAAUAAUGUAUGUUUGGAUGGGUUGGUAAAGAGUUUACAAUAAAACUGAGCAUUGCCUGUUUUCAUCUUCA